AUGGAGCGAGCCUCCGUAAGAUGCAAGCACGGCAGAUACCUUUUCACAAAAGGCACAAUCCUAGACCAAACGUAUACGUUCGCUAAUGUGUACGCUCCGAACACUAAACAAUAUCACUUCCUACGCGAUACAUUGAACACUCUGAUGAAAUUCGCAGAGGGCAUCUUGGUCAUAGGCGGAGAUCUCAAUCUAGCGAUCCAUCCAGACCAGGACUCAACAUCCUCGCAUGGGAACACACCACACAACAGGCAUGCCAACACCCUCCGCCUCCUACACCUCCACCAGCUCGCAGACUGCUGGCGGGCAUUACACCCCUCCACCCGGGACUAUACGUUCUACUCUACGACCCACUCGACCUAUACAAGACUGGACUACUUCCUGGUACCCCACCACACCCUAACCCUGCUCACCACCGCGGAAAUCUUACCUAUGACAUGGUCGGACCACAGCCCAAUCCGCAUACGACUGAAAUCACCACUACAUAAACCCAGACAAAUGUCAUGGCGACUGAACGAAUCACUCCUAUCAGACAUCGCGGUUGUAGACCAGAUCCAUCAACACAUCCAG